AGCGCGCGGGGCACGCUGGGUCUCGCGAGACUUGGCGCUAUAUAAGGCAGCUCGGGGGAGAGCCACCCCCUUCCCGAGCCGCGGAGCCGCCAUGGACACGAGUCGCGUGCAGCCCAUCAAGCUGGCCAGGGUCACCAAGGUGCUGGGCCGGACCGGCUCGCAGGGGCAGUGCACGCAGGUGCGUGUGGAGUUCAUGGAUGACACGAGCCGCUCCAUCAUCCGCAAUGUGAAGGGGCCGGUGCGCGAGGGCGACGUCCUCACCCUGCUGGAGUCAGAACGCGAGGCCCGGCGGCUGCGCUGAGCCCCCCUCGGGGCCGCCCCCCCACCCCGCGGCCCCCCUGGCCACUGUCACCUUAGCCUGGGCGGCCUCUGCUGCUUUCCUGCGGGUGAUGGAGCCUUACAGCAUUUGCUUGGAGUCACCUGCAGACACUCGCUAGGCUGGAUGCGGGUCGUGGAUGGAGAGGAGUGUGGUGGUAGUGGUGUUCCUGCAAUAAAGAGCUUUUUUGGUA